UGGUUCCCUAUGGAAACGGGGUUUAUACAACCACUGCCUCUGCGUGCACUGUCUCUACUUCACACCCUCAGUAAAGCUGGAGCCUGAUUUCAGGUUAAUUUGACAGAGGUGCAGGGAUUUCACAUCCAGUGCCUCUAGGGCUUGUGUCAAUAGAUGUGCCUGUGUCAAAGAGAAUUUUAGCGCUCUUUCAAACAGGAAGGCUGUUAUUGUGCAGCUCCACACACUACAAGUCUCCAAAAAAUCAGCAUUGAAGAGAGAUUACACGUAUGGAAAAAGCUGCUUGGAAAUCUGCUUUGAAUCAGCCUUAUUUGUACACGUGCUCACGGAAGUCCUCAUCCUUAAUUUUAUUUGAUAAUUUGGUUAGUGUGUAGACUCAAAGAACAUCACGUCUCUUCCGUGGCACUGUCAGUCCUGCUGGGAAGGGAGAUGGGAGACACUCCAGGUUGCUGGUACUGCCCAGAUGAUCACAGCAACGGCUUCAUCACUUAUAAAUCUAAACUGGUGCUGGAAAGACACAAUUCUUGUAUUUUCUUUCUGGUUUUAGCUUCCCUAUUCAGGCUAGUUUAUAACAGCACUCAUUAAAAUAUAGCACAUACAAAUGAAGUUCGUAGAUUCUUCAUCAGAGUUCAGACAAGCUGUUCCCAUACAUCAGAAAGAACAAAGGAAUGAAUAUCCCUUUAACCAUAAAUCCAUUAGAUUACUUAAACUGAAGAAAAGCUUUUCUGACAAAUGGUUGCACGAGUGAUAUCUUUUCUCCCUGUUCUUACUUUGCUGUAAUAAAGAGAGAAAAGAUGGCUGGACUGUAGGCUCACUUGGGAUUAAUCCAACAAAAUAACAGUCCUUCAAGUGAACAAGAGGGAUGCAUAUAAUCUCCUUCAUUGUGUCUCACUUCUUGUUGCAUUUCAUUUUUGUUUGAAAGCCUCUUUCUCGAGUCCGAGGUUGGAUGUCUUGCUUUACUUAAAGCAUCUGAAAGUAUUAUUUAAACACAGUGAAAUGGUUUUAUGUUGAAAUUGUAGGUAGGUGAUCUGUAAGUGUCCCUCAAGUGGUUAGGAUCUGACUUCUCAUUUUAAAAGCACUUAUUUCUCAUGUGUUACAAACACUUGAAAUGACAAAAUUACUGGUAAUGACUUUUCAGAGUUCAUACCACAAAUGCCAAGCCAGAGAAGAUUGAAAAUUACUCACAUUGAAACCAUUCAGCUUUGUCCUUGGGUACAGAAUAUCUUGCGCAGAGUUUUUCUUUUUUUUUUCCUUCAUUUUUCCUGGAAGUGAUGUUUGAAACAAAACCACAGUGUGGCCCUUUUGUGCUAGGAAGUGUUUGUUGCUUUUGCCAAGAGGAUGACAAGGCCUAGUGUGGCAUCAUAUGCUUUUGGUACACAAAAAUAUGUCUAAUUGGGACCAUCUUAGGAGAGAGUAAAGUGUUGUAAAUGUAAUCAAAUCUCACUGUCUGACUCUUCUGAAAAAUCCCUUUUCUUUGCUCCCUUGCACUUGGGUUCUUUGUUUCUAAGAUGCACUAGCGGCUUCUGUCUUGGCUGCAUCAGCUGUAAACACAGCCUCAUGUGUCCAGGUAGCUUCCCAGCACUGACCUAUGUAAUCAAGACCCUUAAAGCAAAUCUCAUUUUGCAGGAAAUGACCUUGGGAAAAUCCAUUCUUUUCUGUGCCUAAAGCUGCCUGAUGUACUGCCAUUUUUUUGUUUUCCUUUGAUUCUUUCCUUUGUUUUCCUUUGAUUUUUUGCCCCUCUGUAAGGUAUGCUGAAAGAUCUGGAGGACAGUGGUGAUAGAAAUAUGAUCAGUAAAGAUUUUUAUACAUGUAUGUGAUGAAAGAAAACCGAUUUGUCAACAGCAUAACUUACCAAAAAAGCAAACAUUAGUUCUCUGAGUUUCUGAAAGGUCGGGGAUACACUGUUUCGUACCUCAAGCAUGCUAAAUUUUGUUCAAAAAGAGUCUUUACAUAUUUAAAAAAGAAAUGUUAUGCUGUGAAACAGUCACAAACCAGACUCCUUUGCUUUCUCAUCAGUUGGUGUGAGGAUGGGAGAAUCACACACUGACUGGCACCACUAACAUCAAGAAUUCAUGCCUGUUCCUCUAAGUGCUUGUUCAAAAUAAACCUCAGAUAUCUUGAUUAUGGUCUGCUAAGCUCCAGAGCAGUUCCUCAGAUGAAUUGUCAGCACGUAAGCAUUUUUUUCUGCUGAUGUUUGAGGCAGGGCUGUGCAGAAAACUUUGUCUUUUCCUGUUGCUUAGAAACAAUCUUCUCCUGUGAUAAGCAGCACCUUUCUUUAUUUUAAUGAAUCCCACCUUAAAGUCUUUGGGAAAUGUGUGAUAGUCUGCAAGAGGUGAGGUAAGCCUCCCAGCCUUGUUUGGACUUGGUUUCGUUGCAGGAGACUAGAGGUCUUAGGCAUAUGGAUGUGCUGUGAAAACUUAAUAUUUUUGAUAGAAAUGAAAGAGGAGGUGCUUGGACACUCGUUUCCUGCUAAGCUCUAGACUGCACUAGUGCAGCCAGUAAAAAACUUGUAACAGGAGAACUGUUUGUGGAGAGCUCUGCUUGUCUGUUUUCCUAAGUAUGGUUAUGAAUUUUUGCAUAUAAAUGUAAGGGUUGAGUUGCCAUAGGGUAUUUAAGGCCUGGCAUACUCCACCCAACACACUUUCCAUGAAGAGGCUUUCGGAUGCUGGUAAUGUUCUGGCCAUGAUUAAAACAUUUCUGCAUUUAUGUGCUGCUUCUUCUUUCUGAUCUGAAAAUGUAUUUUCAUCAGGAAAAUUAAUACCAGAAGCGUGUCAACUUCAAGAUGCCAUACAUCCCACUGCAUUUACUUUGAUAUAUUUUAUGUGGUCUCAGAUCCUGCCUGCUCAUAAACAAGGCUCUUGAGAAUACAGUAGUCUUGUCAGAUAAAUUACCUGAAAUAGUCACAGACCUGGCAUUGAGAUUUGAUGGUGGAAAAUCUAUACCUCAGGCUGCAGCACAGUCAUUGCGUUAACUACAGCUCCUGUGAGAGAUAGAAGAAGUUUCACCCUGGGCAGUGAUUGUACCUGAUUUCAGAAACUUCAACAGUCCAGCUAGAGCAGUAUUUGGAAGGAGACCCUGGAAGUUUUAGGCAGUACAGGAUGUGUCCUUGGCCAUUUGCUGCUCCCCAGGCCAGCGGUUAGCUAGCGCUUGGCUGCGUAUUUGGGGAACGCUCUGUUUCCAUAGGUAUUAGUGCUUGAAGCCAUUAAGCAUUCCACAGCUCUUUUACAAGAGGAGUAAUUACAUCCUGUCGACAGAAAUUACUCCUGCUGUUUAAUUUGGAAACCAUAUUCUUUGUUUCCAGUCUUGUAUAGUUGCAAAUAGCAGCUGCAUUUUCUGCCCAGGGUGGUGGCACUUGUAUCUGACACGUGCAUGGGGGAUGAUAGCGAUGGUGAUGAUGUCCCUCAGGGUGACAUUUCAGGUUUGCUUGUGACUGAGGUCAUUUUAAAUGGUGCAGGCAUAUAGCUUCAGAAAUUCAACUGUUCUUUGCAGCAACUAAAAUAACUUUUCUAGCUCUCAUUUCCCUGCAGGGGGGAUCCAAGCCAGCCCCUGGGUGUAUUGGGUCUUGGGGCAAAUGCUGAUACUGAACAUUUCCCUCAUACUCUUUUCUUUUUAAGUCUUUUAUGUACAGAAGGAAAUUAGCACUCCAGAUGAUUAUUGUCUGUUAGUGGUGUUUUUAAUUACCGAUUUUCAGGACAACCAAUUAGCUUUUUGCUGAAAACAAGAUUUUUUUCCUUCCCUGAAGCAAGCCAGUGAUUCACAUUUUAAUAUAAACUUUAAAAAAAGUUUGACUCAUGCAGCAAUUCCAAGAAUUGUUAUUUCUGUGCUCUUUGAAGUGUUCAAAUGAACUAACGAAAUACUGGGUCUCUGCCAUGCAUGAACUGAACCUCAUGUUAAACUGGGCUACUGUCAUUUAAGUGCAGUAAAUGACAUUUUGGAGGCCCUGGAGAUGCUUUGUCCCACAGGAUCACAUUAGCAGAAACACAUGGCCAUGCUCUCGCAGGUCCCAGCCUGUAGGAGCAGAAGGGCAAGGAGGAGAUGCUGCUGAAUUAAGCAUGAGAUUGCUGGUCCCCGAGAAGGGAAAAAUAUUGAGGAACAGAGCUUGCUGAAGAGUGUUGAGAAUCAGGGUGGGAUUUAUGACCACUUUGGAUCAAACCAAAGUGAACUGGUUUGGGCUGGGCUCUGAGAGCCCCUGCUUUGCAGCGAGACAAGCGGGUAGAUCAGAAGUCAUUCGGUUGCGUGAUGAGUAAAACAGAGAGGCGCUGCUUGACUUUCUUAAGUGAGACUCAAACUGUAGAGUUUAGAGUUGAAAAACAUUUAUAUUGGCUAUUAAAGGGAACACAUGUGAUUUAGAGAUAUGCCAUGUAAACUCCACAGAUUUUCCAGCAGGAGAAAGACUCUGAAAAGCUAAAUGAGUACCAAGUAUAAAAGAGAGAGGGUUUCCUGAAAAAUAAGUUAGGUAAUACAUAUUUUGUUCCUUCAAAGAAUGUGUUUUAUAUUAAAAUGCAAAAGUGUAUGGCUUUCUCAUCAGGUGGAGAUAGUACAACUGUCCUACUUUAUGUAACCACUGCAAUAGUAAAUGAAUGACAAAUAGUUCAGGAUGCUUUUGGGAAAUGGCAGUCUUAGGUAAGAGCAUCUGCUGCAUGAAAACUGCCCAGGAGAAAUAUCCCCAAUCAACAUGUUAUCAUUACAAUUUUCUGCUUUAGAUUGGAACUUUCCAAUUCUUUUUUUCUUUUGAUUUUGCCUUGAAAUAUUGAUUUUUAUGCAGUAUUUCAAGCAGUAAUAACCUGGAUAUUAUUUUUCCUUUCCCCUUGUCUUUUUUUUUUUUUUUUACUUCUGAAAGCAUAUCUGUGUUACACAGCACUUUAUGUUCCCUCAUCUCUGUAAAUUUUCAACGUUUCAUUGCCUUUAGGAAAAAAAUGAGUGUGUUUGUAGGGCAAACCUGAAGACAGGGUUCACCUGGUCCUGGUAGCACAAAAUAAAACCUUUGCCUUGAGUUUUCCUCCGGAAUCUGCAAGGGUUAGCCCAGGACAUGCAAUAACAAAACAGGAUGAAAGGAAAGCUGCAAGCAAUGGGGCACUGGCUCUGUGUGCCCUGCCUCUGCAUGCAGCUGGGUUUGCGGUUGUACAGUGGUUAUCGGUGGCCUGGUACUGUGAUUAGGGGAUGGUGGCAGGAAAUACUGGCAGUUGGGAAGGACGGAGAAGAUCAAAGGCUUGAUUGAAUGUGUUUGCAGACUGGAGAAUAAUUGCCAGUUGUUCACAAAACGUGGCCUGACAAGGCGGCCCAGCCAUCAGCUCCAUCCAGCAAUGUAGUUCCACAGGAGACAUGAGUACAUGGCACUGUGGAUCCCAUCUGCAAUGCUGCACUCUUUUCUCGUUCCCCAUGAUCCAUCCUCUGUUCAGCUUGUGGUGGUGAAUACAGAAAAGCUGUUAGAGGGGAAAUAACUUAUUAUAUCAAAGAAGACUGAAAUAGUGGCUGUGUUUUAGUCUCCUGUCCAUGGGCAGAGCAAGGCUGUUCUCAUUCCCUGCAACUGGAGGGUAAACACCAACAAGGGGAAAACAGCCUUUAUGCUUGAGGACUGUGUAGCCCACCUGUGAAGAAGUUUCAUCUGAAAAUGAAGCUUGUUACCACCAGAGGAGCAAAGCUGCAGAGUACCUGUGGGGAGGAGAUAUUGUGAGAUUCAUUGUGAGAUAUUGUGAGCAUCUUCAUCUUGCUCAUGCCUACAGCAGCAUCCUCAUGUCUGUUGCUUCUUCUCAAGGGGCACAAGGUGUUUCCAAGUCUACCUAGCUGCUCAUGCAUGCUGUCUUAGCAAAGCAAACUCUGACAGUAAGAAGAAAUAAUGUGUUCUUGAGUAUCCUAAGGGUUUUAUGAUGUAAAAUAUAAGGUUUUUAAUGGUUCUCUUUACCACAUUAUAAACAAAUACGGUGCAGUCAGAGUGCCUUUAAACUAAUAAAAGUUCUCUCCUCAGCAGCUUCCUGGUAGAAGGCUUGAUAUACUAAAUUUAUUCAACUCCUGAAAAGAGUCCAGGGCCAAGCAGGCAUACCCAUCCUGGUUGCACUGAGAAGGCCAAGCUUUUCUCUUUACAAGUGUGGUUGUGGGGAGAUGAAACUAUUUGUGAACUUGGUGUUUCAGCAGAGCCAAAAGACCAAAUGAGCUGUUGAAUAUGAGACCUCCUAGGGAUCUUUCUAACCUGAAUUACCCCAGGGCCCUGUGAUUUUAUGAUCCAGCAUUUUCUAAGAAUAAGGCAGGGCAGACUUUCACCAGAGCCCAUGGAACUCUGUAGUGGCUCCUUCUGCCAUACUUUCAUCACAGUGUCUGUGAGCACUAAAGGUCCUUGGAUGGAGUCCUAGCUCCUUGCAAAGGAGCUCUUUACACCAAGGUGAAAGGUCUUUGACAAAAUCCAUGUACCAAAAUGUUUGCUCAUGUUUCUUCUGGAGAUUCUGCAAGUGUCAGCAGAGGUAGAGACUACAGAUCAGAAGACCCAAGUGAAGAUCUGCUGUAGCACCCUAAGCUCUUCCCCAGCAGAGAUUUCUUGCUUAUUGAACACCUGGGCAAGGGAUCAUCCUGCCUCCAGCUCUGGAGCCCUCAGUACAGGAAAGAUGUGGACCUGUUAGAGAGGGUCCAGAGAAGGGACACAAAAAUGAUCAGAGGGCUGGAACAGCUCUGCUGUGAGUUCAGGCUGAGAAAGUUGGGCUUAUUCAGCCUGGAGAAGGGAAGGCUCCAGGGAGACCUUAUUGAGGCCUUUCAGUACUUAAAAGGAGCCUAUAAGAAGGAUGAGGACAGACUUUUUAGUAGGGUGUGUUACGGCAGGACAAGAGGUAAUAGAUUUAAACUAAAAGAGGGGAGAUUCAGACUAGAAAUAAUUAGGAGAAUUUUUUUACAAUGAGGGUAGUGAAACACUGGCCCAGGUUGUGCGGAGGUAGAUGCCGCAUCCCUGGAGACAUUCAAGGCCAGGCUGGACAGGGCUCUGAGCAACCUGAUCUAGUUGAAGAUGUCCCUGCUCGUGGCAGGGGGGUUGGACUAGAUGACCUUUAAACGUCCUUUUCAACCUUAACUAUUCUAUGGUUCUAUGAUUCUGUGAUCCUACCAAUUGAAUAAAUCUACAGCUGUCCAAGUCUUUCACUUCAGAUGACGUUUUCUAAGCUUUUUUAAAAGGAUAAUGAGACUAAUUAGAAAUGUUUGACCUUGUGUACCUGACCUAGGAAGUCACAGUUUGGGAAGUACUCUCUGAUUUUUUGUGGCAGUCAGAUCUGGUAUCCAGUCUUAGCAGAUCUCAUGAGUGUCCCCAGGUGAGGGGGAAGGGAGGGCUGCAGUAUCUGCACAACAGUGGCUACUGUAGGGCUGUGUUCACAAUUAGCAAAUAGUGUGGUCUAACAGGAGAAAAUUUGCAGAGACAAACAGUUAUGGUAAACCAACAUCUCUGCCACCACCUUUUGCUGCUUUAUUGUGUAUUUAGUCUAGUUUGAGCCUGUGAACUGGACACUCACUAGUGGUGGGAGCAGAUCGUCCCAUUCAUCCCUGAGGAUCUCAGUGUACUGUCUGGAAUUGAAGCACAUGAAGGACCAUGUAGAAUAAAUAUAUUUCUUUUCACCUGCAGCAGGCUUUUCUUCUUGUUAUUCGGAUGAUGGUGAACAGUCUCAAGGCAGAGAAAGACCAAAUCUUGCCCUAUGUAGCAUAAACAUACUCCAGGCAGUAGACAAAAUGCUCUGUAAAAGUCCUUCAAAGAGCGCCAUCCCAGGUUCAUAUGGUGCAUGUCACACUGUGGUAUCAAGCUUUUAAUCUGCUCUUCCAGCCUUUGCUAGAGAUUCAAAAUUCUGUUAUUAUUCAAAUGUGUAAGUACCACUGAUUGGUCUCAUUUAUGGAUUUUCAAGUGCGUUUUAAAGGUCAAGCAAGUAAUUUUAAUCAGUCGUGUGCUUUGACAGCUGAUAAUAUUGAAUGUACUGCAGCACCUGGAAAGCAGAUUAAUUGUAUUUGCCAUUACACGUUUGGAUCUGGUGCAGGGAUGGUGCUUCUCCCCUGCCUGUUUCACUCUCCACCAUCAAGCUACUGGCACUGAUCAGCCAGUGCAUCCACGGGAGAGCACUCUCGUUGCAGCACUUCAAAUCUGAGUCACAGCUGCUUGGACAGGGGCCCAGGACCCAUGUCUUACUGCUGCUGAUUAAGAGAGUAGUAGCUCCAUAAGAGUGGUGCUGCCCUCGGCUCAGAGCCUUCCUGGCUACUUAAUCCAUGUGCCUUUCUCUUAGGCUGCUUGGCUAGUUACCAUUUGGAAACUAGUCUGAGGUAGUUGUUCUCAAAUUUUUGUGUGCAGGCCACUCAUGUGAUGGUUGUGGAGAGCUGUCAGAUUGCAUGAUGACAACUGACUGACCUCAGUUACUGUCUGCAGUAUUGUAAGCAAAGAAAAUGAGAAUAUUUUCCCAUUUCCACAAAUGGCAGUCACAGACUGGGAGAAAAGCUUGGCCUCGGGUGCUGUAACAUCAGCUUCUACCAUGUGAACUAAAGGGCUAACUGCAUCACUCAUGGGAGCAGUGGUACGUACAGGGGUGGGCAGCAAAGCCCGGCACGAAACAGAUGGGAUUCUUCAGCUUAGGGAAAAAAAGAGAGUUAAACGGGAUCUGACAGAAGCCCGUGAAGUUGUAUAUGGUGUGGAAAAUCUGAACUUGUGAGAACGGCAGGGCAUGUAAUGAAGUGGUUAGAGAGCUGGUGUAAGUGGACAGGAGUGCUUUUUUUGGUGUUUUACUGCUUUGUUUUGGAACACAUUAGGGUUGGGCAGAAGAGACCUCAAAAAGGGACGAGAUCCACUCAUACAAGACCGGCGACGCAGCUGCCCGGCUCCAGCUCCUGGCUGUGGAAGCCCCCAGGUCCUUGUUUGCUGGGAGCCGAGCAGCACAGCUGGGAAAAAGCUGCUCCUGGCACAUCUCCCACCCUUCCUGAGAUGCUGGUGGAGUUGAACCUCCAAGGGUCCUUCAUGGAGCCUACAGCAGCAGCUCAGCUGCUCUUCAGCUUGGGCAGCAGUCAGAGGACCCUGUGUGCCACCGGUACAUGGUCAGCUCUUGGCAAGGAAGGAGUCAGUUUUAGCUAUGCUGACACUUUCAGCUGGGAUGCGGCUCUCACCAUAGAAAAACCCAAGAACCUCGGGAUUUUUCAGCCUAUUCAGACUGUAUCCAGAUCUGCCCAGUCAUUUUUCAUUUCCACAGCACAGUUUCUUAAGAAGAUCUGGAGGGCGGAGGAUUAAAACAAUUUACAGUUUACAGAAACUCAGCUCUGUUUUGCUCUGUUCAUAGGAACAAAGUUCGUAGCACUGGUUUUAUGGUACCACCUUGCUUUUAUACUCCACACUUUGUUAAACAUGAUAAUGAGUUCAGCGCUGAAUAGUGCACUUAGUGCUGUGCAGAAAAUAAAAGUAUUUCCUGCCCACACUUCAAAAGCGCUGCUAUGAUGGCAAAGGCUCUUUCAAGCUUAGAGGUGCUAGCCUAAACAUUGUGUAUGCUGGGUUAGUCUGUCAAAAAGCUCUGUAUUGUAAAUUUUAAUUUAUCUUUGUAAGAAUUACAAGCUCCUGUUCAAAGCGAAACAUUACAUAAAGCAGUUCAUGGAGGCAGUAUGUUUUACCAUAUUCCCCCUCUGGAACAGAGAGGAGUUUUGUAUUACAUUAAUCAGCUUCUAAGCCCUGAAGGUCACAAUUAUGCGGCCACUAUUUUUCAGUAUUAGUGAUUUUAGUACAUGAUUAACUUUCAUGUGUGCAUCAUUAAGAUGAGGAAUUGUUUUUGAAGUUUCAAAUAGAGCAGCAGGUCUUAGCUGUAGUAUUUGCCAUACUUGCUCAGCCACUGUUAAAAGCGAUGAUUUAUAGAAAAUCCAGCUGUGAGUUUUCAUUUCUUCAAGAGCAGGAGGCGGGACUAGAAACCAACCUAAAACUGAGCGGAGCAUUGAUCAGAGUAGAAAUGAUGUAGAGCACAGCUCCGCAGAGAACAGCGAAGCAUCGUGGAAGCAUUAGCUGGCAGUGAUAAGGAGGCGGAAGCCACACUCGGUGACAGAGGAGCCAUCUGUCAGGAGCUGGGAAUCCGAUUUCAAGAGAGCAGAAAAUGAAGUACAGAAGAAAGUGAUUUUGGUUCAAAGGUACAGUGAAGCCCAAGGAUAUCUGUGGACAAAAUCGAAGCAAAGGAAGCGUGUGACUGGUUACGUGCAGCUGGAUUUCCACAAUAUGCUCAGUUCUAUGAGGACUCUCAGUUUCCCAUUGACAUUGCUGCAGUAAAGGAAGAUCAUGAUUUUCUUGACAAGGACCUUGUAGACCCUCUUUGCAGACGACUGAACACACUGAACAAGUGCGCCUCAAUGAAACUCGAUGUGAACUUCCAAAGAAAAAAGAGUGAAGAUUCAGAUGAAGAAGACCUUUGUGCUAUCAGUAAUAAAUGGACUUUCCAAAGAACCAGCAGACGAUGGUCUCGAGUGGACGACAUUGAUGCUUUGCUUCACCGAUCAGACAGACAUGGAUCUUCUGGGGACAUUAAAAUGAAAAAUACAACAAGCAGCGAAAGCGUCCUUACAGAUCUGAGUGAACCUGAGGUCUCAUCUAUUCACAGCGAGAGCAGUGGGGGAAGUGACAACAGGAGUCAGUCUGGCGUUGGCAGCACUGCCAGGGAGACCUGUGACUGCUCUGGCCAGUAUGAUGUAGAAAGCACACUGCUGCAAGACUCCACUGUGAUAAAUACUGCCCUGUCCCCCAAGGACAACCUGAAGAAUGAGAAACCAACACGAACCAAAGCAAAAACCUUUCUAAAACGCAUGGAGACACUAAAAGCAAAAGGUGUGCAUGGAAAACUAAAAGGCUCAGGAAGAACGGGUCCUUUAGAGAUAAGUGGACCUGUUCUCCAGUAUGAGCCGAAAUCCUUGAAAGACAUGCACUGUGUACAGAUAGUCAAUGGCAAUCUCCAAAACUUAGGAAAAGAUUCAGUCAAAAGAGGACUUUCCUUUUCUGCCAAAUCCAGCAGUGACAGCAGUCAGUCUGAAAACAGCAGCAGCGGGGUGAGCACACCGUGUUUGAAGGAACGCAAAUGCUAUGAAGCAAACAAGAGAGGCGGGAUGUACCUGGAGGACCUAGAUGUUCUGGCAGGAACGGCCUUACGGCAAGUGGUGGACCAAAACCGCAGAAAUGAAUUUCAUUCCCAAGAGAACUUGGUUGUACAUAUUCCCAAGGAUCAUAAACCAGGGACAUUCCCAAAGGCACUUUCCAUUGAAAGUCUCUCACCUACAGACAACAGUAACAGUGUAAACUGGAGGACAGGCAGCAUCUCUUUGGGAAAGCAGAACUGCUCUACUCCAAAAGAGUCUGGAUUGAUGUCUUGCUGUCCUAAAGAAAGCAGAAUUAGUAUUUAUGACAAUGUGCCAGGUUCCCACUUGUAUGCUAGUACUGGGGACCUCCUGGACUUAGAGAAAGAUGUCCUUUUUCCUCAUUUAGAUGACAUUUUGCAACAUGUCAAUGGGCUCCAGGAGGUAGUAGAUGGCUGGUCGAAGAAUGUGUUGCCAGGUCUGCCGGUUGAUGAUGUAUCAGUCAGGGAACCUCCGUCGUUGCCUUUCCAGUCGCCCACACAGAUCACACUUGAUUUUGAAGGAAACUCUGUCUCUGAUGGCCGGACCACACCAAGUGACAUGGAUAGAGAUGGAACAUCCCUGAAUGAAUCUGAAGCCACUGGUGUCAGGGACCGGAGAGACUCUGGGGUAGGAGCAUCACUCACAAGGCCGAGCAGGCGGUUACGAUGGCAUAGUUUCCAAGUCUCUCAUCGCCUGAGCCACUCCAUCGCAUCCCUUCACAUCAGCAAUCAGUCAGCAGCCCAACUGAAUCUACUGCAAAAAUUCUCUCUGCUUCGUCUUACUGCCAUCAUGGAAAAGUACUCCAUGUCAAAUAAACACGGCUGGACCUGGUCUGUGCCAAAGUUCAUGAAGAGGAUGAAAGUCCCUGAUUACAAGGACAAGAACGUCUUUGGUGUGCCUCUGAUAGUUCACGUCCAGAGAACAGGGCAGCCUCUUCCUCAGAGUAUACAGCAGGCGCUGCACUACUUACGGAGCAACUGUCUAGAUCAGGUGGGUCUAUUUCGAAAAUCUGGAGUGAAAUCCCGAAUCCAGGCCCUACGUCAAAUGAAUGAGAGCUCCCCAGAAAACGUCAGCUAUGACGACCAGUCAGCAUAUGAUGUGGCAGACAUGGUGAAGCAAUUUUUUAGGGACUUGCCAGAACCUCUCCUUACAAGUAAGCUGGGAGAGACAUUUCUACACAUCUACCAAUACGUGCCCAAGGAGCAGCGGCUGCAGGCGGUGCAGGCAGCCAUCAUGCUGAUGUCGGAUGAGAACCGGGAGGUUCUGCAGACCCUGCUGUGUUUCCUAAGCGAUGUCACCUCCGUGGAGGAGAAUCAGAUGACUCCUAUGAACCUGGCUGUUUGUCUGGCCCCUUCCCUCUUCCAUCUCAAUAUAGUGAAGAAAGAAAGCUCACCGAGGGUAAUACAGAAAAAAUAUGCAACAGGGAAGCCAGAUCAGAAGGACCUCAGUGAAAACCUGGCAGCUACUCAGGGACUUGCUCACAUGAUAAUGGAAUGCAACAAACUUUUUGAGGUCCCGCAUGACAUGGUCGCCCAGUCCCGGAACUCUUACAUGGAUGCAGAAGUGCGUUCUCCCACCCUGGAUGAGCUUGGGAAACAAGUGGAUGAGGAAGGAGGGAACUAUCAGAUGUACCUGGAAAGUCUCAUGCAAAAUCUCCAGAAAGAAGCAAAAGAGAAAUUCAAAGGAUGGGUCACAUGUUCCAGUACAGAGAACACAGAGCUUGCCUACAAAAAGGUUGGGGAUGGGAACCCUCUAAGGCUUUGGAAAGCCUCAGUGGAAGUUGAAGCCCCCCCAUCAGUUGUCCUGAACAGAGUGCUGAGAGAACGUCACCUCUGGGAUGAGGACUUCUUGAAGUGGAAGGUGGUCGAGAGCCUGGACAAGCAGACAGAAGUUUACCAGUAUGUUUUGAACAGCAUGGCUCCUCAUCCCGUCCGAGACUUUGUUGUUCUAAGGACAUGGAGGACAGAUUUGCCAAAGGGCAUGUGCAUACUGGUUGCAGUCUCUGUGGAGCAUGAAGAGGCUCCUCUUAUGGGAGCUGUGCGAGCCAUUGUGAUGGACUCUCAGUACCUGAUAGAGCCAUGUGGCUCAGGAAAAGCCAGACUGACCCACAUCUGCAGAAUUGACCUAAAAGGACAUUCCCCAGAGUGGUACAACAAAGGCUUUGGACAUCUGUGUGCAGCAGAAGUUGCCAGGAUCAGAAAUUCAUUUCAGCCUCUGAUUGCCGAGGGACCAGAAACAAAAAUCUGAGGAAGUGUUCCUGGGAGCGUGUGAGCGUAAAUCGAGGUCUGGUGGGGAACAGGGAAUACUGAAAGCAAAGAUCUUAUUUAAACUGCAGAAAUCAGACCAGACCUGUGGCUGUACAAAGGUGAAACAGGAAUUUUAUAGGAAAGUUAUUUUAUUCUGUAGACAUCACCUCCCCCCACCACAUCUCUUCUGUAUUAAUUUCAAUUAUUGAAGUAAACGUUUCUUCAGAGAGGUUUUAUCAUUAUUACUUUAAAAUCAGACUAUUGCCAUUACUUAUGUAUUACAGAACUCUGGUAUUUAAAGGCUUCUAAGAAGCAUAUUUUAAUUGUAAAUAAAUUAUGUACAGUAUGUAUAUAUUUAUCUAUAUGAUAUCUAUAUAUAUGUAUAUGUAUAAAUUAAUUAUUUUGUAUAUAACUCAGUGCAAGUCACUUGCAUCAGUCGGACCUUAAAUGAAUCUGUCAUUUGUUUCUUAGUGUGUCACUGCUACAUAAGCUGUGUUUGCUAUUAUCACAGGGCUACCAAGCAGAAGCCGUGUGAUAACAGGAACGCCUGUUCUCAAAUACAUUUUGUGUUUGUAUAUGCUGUGAGAAGGUACCUAGAAAUAGCUGUAGGAAGAAUUAAAAGAACCAAGGAGGAGGGAGGCUACUGUACGUUUAAAAAUAAUGAGGAGUGGAUUGGUUUCACCAAAUAAAGUCACUGAGAUAGACAUUUUGAAGGCCAUUUAUAUUCAGCUGCAGAAAGUUUGACUGUUAGUACAAGGUGUUGAAAACUUACCUAUUGCCUUAAUUAAUGGUAUAUCUGUCACUAGAGAACCUCACUAUCUGCAGCGAUCAUAGUAACUGCUCAUUCUUGGAGAGUACAAGAUAAUGCUGUGUGUACUGAGGUGUCUGAAAUCAGACUGGUAAGUUAUUAAGCUGUAAAUCUUUUUUUUUAGCAUUUUGUCUAGAUUCAGCAUAAGUGUUUCUAUGUUGUUCUUUCCUUCUCCCAUAGAGAUGGCUAAUUGUUAAGAAACUCCAAAGCAGAUUUUCCACAUCCAGUGAACACAAAGACGUGCUGAUGAAUACCAUGUCUUUUAAUAUUCUUACUGUACAAAUAACUAAACUUUUUUAAAGCUUUUAAACACAUCUUGAGAUUUAAAAGACUAAAUGCAGACUAUAUGUGGAAAGAUUGCUUUUAUAGAAACAGCAAGCAUUUUCGUAUUAUAUUGCACUGAUCUGCAUGGUCCUGCCUCUGUAGGCAUUGGUGGGAGCACGAUUAGCCUCUGACUAUGAGGAGCUGGAGCCAUUUAAGCCUAUUAUAUAAUUUCAUUUUCAGGGACCUAUUAUUUUGCUAAUGGAAGAAUGCUUUAAAAGUAAUAAUAAUAAUAACUUGUCGACAUUACCUUUGAGGCAGGGUUCUGUUUUCUUUUUAACUAACCUAAGACCAAAAAUUAUAUUACAUCUAUGAUUCAAUAAGAAUGUUCUUCAUUAAUCACAUUUGUUCACCUUGACUUUAUUUAUUGCUGCAUAAAACAGCCGAGUCAUUCAUAGCCAGUGUUUUAGCUCAGUCCUUCCAACAAACUCCACUAAGAUUUAGUAUGAGGUCAGUUAAGAGGGAUACAUUACCUACAUGAAGACAUGGAGUUUUGUGCACUGAUUCAGUAAACAUGGAAGUAUCUUCAAAGCCAGUGCUUUGAAUCUGUCCCAGGUACAGGGGCUGUGGGGCCGCCCAUGGCUGGUCCUUGAUUGCUGCUAGAGCAUGGUCCCACGUGCCAUCAUGCACAGGCGUAAAGGCUGUGCUGGUGGAGAACAGCCCUGCAAUCCGAGGAAACAAGCUGGUAGGAGCCUGCGGUGGACAGAGGCAGGGUGACCCAGCAUGGUGACACCAUGGAGCAGCAGGGCCCCAAUAAAGUCACUGUCACCUUCCUCUAUGGGCUCUCUCACCCAUGUUUUGUUGUACAGCUCACAGCACCAGGGAGGCUGGCUGCCCGUGAGCUUCUGCCUUGAGCUUAUGGCCAACAAUAGUUGCAAAGUGCAGCUAUUGGGUUUUUUUAAGUCUUACAGACAGGGGAGCACUCACAGCCUUACACGGCUAUGUUGAGGUCACCAGCCGGCUGCCAGCCACCACAGCUGUCCAGGCCUGGAUUGCCUGGGAGCAAGCGGUGGCUCACAAGCUGGUGGGGCAAGACCAGUGCCCUGAUUCCAGCAGGACCACUGGUUCCAGCAGGACCACUGUCCCAGGAAGCAGCACCUCUUCCUCAAAUGCUUGUAGCCAUGGCAGCAGGUUUUGCGCCGGCUGUUUUCCAAAACAUUAGCAAUUAGAGCAUUUCUGCUACAUUAGUUUGCAUAAAUGAAUACAAUAGUGCCUCAUUAUUAAUGGAUGCAGAAUUUCUGGCCCUGGGAAUGACGAUUGUCUGACAGUACAUAAUUUCUUAAGGAAAUGAAGGGAAAACCUGGACAGUGGUUUUAUUCUGUCUGACAAGUCACUGCUCAGCUGGAUGGGGCCCGGUGCACCUGCCACCAUGAGCAAGGCAGGAUUGUCCUCCUACCCUUGCAGAAGCUCUGUCAUGUGCUUCUGGCAUCUCUAAGCAAUGUAUCAAUGAAAUAAGAUUUCUUUAAAAUGCGCAUUAUGCCAUGUCUACCAUUCAGCUACCACAGUAUUUUGUAUUGUUACAUUGCCAUUGAGAAUACAUUAUGAUAAGUGCAUUUUAAAUGUUAUACUCAUAUCAAUACCUCAUAUUUUUACCUCAUCUGCUGGUAUCAGUCAUUAGUUGUAAAUAAAUAAUUGCAGAGUUGAAUAAAUUUGCAUACACUAAAGAA